AUCCCCAUUUAGAAAAUGCGUCAGCUUACAAAAAUGCGUUAGCUUACUUUGAGCAGAAGCCAGAUACAACAUGGGGUCUUUUAGAUUUCCUUCAAUUUAGAAAAAAACAAAAAACGUGGACAAAAAAUAAAGAUGUAGAAUUUAAUUUAUUCAAUCAAUGCCUUUUGGCCAACACCAAAAAUAUGGAAAUUGCUAUUCAAACCUUUAUGAUUAGAAAAUUUGAACUUAAUGAACUUCUUUCAACUGAAGAUACUAUUGAAUUGAAGAAUGAUUCAAGCUUUAUACACCAAUUAACUAAUGAUUGGUGGUUACCUUAUUUUCAAAAAAUUCAAUCAAAAAAUAAAAACCUAGUAUUUGAAGAUCAAAGACUAUUCUCCAUAUUUUGUCAAAGGAUGUACUUGGUGGAGACUGGGAUGUAUGAAGAACCUGAUCCUUUACUUAAUGAAAGAACUUGGCGACAUGAUGCAUAUGACUUGUUUAAAUAUCUUCUCGACCCAUUAAUUAGCCAAACCAAAAAAAAUGAACAUGUCAUGAAGUUGAAACGUUAUUGUGCAGAAAACAAAAAUCUUGAACUUUUUGUAUAUAAAAUUGCUAGUGGCCCAUACAAUUUGAAAUCAGAUAAAAUUUUGUCUGAUAAACGUAAAGUUUUUCGAGAACUUCAAGAUAUGUUGGCAGAAAUAAUUGGAUAUUUUAUAAACAAUUAUAGCGAUCGGUUUACUGAUAAUAUAGUAAAUAAACUUCAUCAAAUAAAAGUAUAUGCUGCUAUUAGAUUCGGGUUUCAAAUAUCUUUUUACUCAUUAGAUAUGAAAAAAGGAAUAAAUAUUUGUUAUCCAUUAUCUACGAUUACCAUUCCAAAAAUGUAUUCUGAAGUUAAUUAUUUGAAGAUAUUGAUUGAAAAUUUUUGGUGUCUUAGAGAUGCCUUACAAGAAAUGAUUGAACUAGUUAUUGAAAUUAAUGAAAAUCUUGAACAAUUGCAUGAAUCAAGACCCAGUAAAAAUGUAGAAGAUUUUUUACAAUACUGGAAUAUUUAUGCGCCGAAAACUGUAACCACACCAAAAAUUUAUUGA